CUUUGAUUCCUGAAUCAGCCCGUCUGUCUCGCACGUAUACGUGAUUGUGGAGAUAUGUGAUCGGAGCAGAAGAUACAGGAAAUACAGCUCAUCGGACAAAAUAAACCACAGUGCAGACUGUGUUCGCUGCUCGGCCGCUGAAAAGAAGAACUAAUAGAAGCUGAGAUAACAGUACAUGGUGUUACUCAAUAUCAAUGGAGAUUGCUGCCUUUUAAGGAUCAUAAAGCAUGGCAGACUCGCAGAAUUUCCUGUGGCUGGUUCUAGUGGGGGUAAUUGUGAUAACAUUGACAAUAGUGCUCAUAUUCAUCCUCAUCAACGUGUGUAUUAGUAAACAAGCUGCCAAGCGACGCGCUCAGAUAUCAAAAACAAAACAGACUAAUUCAAGUGAUGAAAAGAACGACCUGUUUACAGCACAUAUAGAUGAUGAGAAGCCUCCUCCGCUGCCUUCAAGGGAUCAGUUCCUCGACGCAGACUCCAGGUCCCACAGUUAUGAGGAGAUGGACGCCUGUGUGGAACCUGUAAAAGCAGAAGUUCAAACGUCAGCUCCACCACAACCAGCGUUCAUCCAGCACUGCGAGACUCAGCCCGACUUAGAGGACGGCAAGAGUGUGUCUGAAAGCUACGACGACGUUGAGCAACUCGACCAAGACGUGGGCCAGAGUUACGAGGACGUCGCGUCUCUGCCGGAUUAUGUGGAGCUCGAAGAAGAGCCCCCUGCCUUACAGCAGGAGCCAGAAUUCCACAACGCCCAAACAGACAGUCGAGAAAGCCUCGCUAGCUACGACGACAUUGAUGUAAUCGACGUUGCCAGUGAGGACUAUGACGACGUGGGAUGAGGGAGGAGAUUUCCAGCACUUUUGUAUAAAAAAUCUGCACAACUGAGAAUUCAAAUCCAUUUUAAGAUCUUGCACAGAACUUUGACUCGCCACUUGUCGUUCCCUGAUUCGUGUUUGUGAUGGAGCAGCACCAUGUGCAGCGUGAAUAUUAAUGAAAUCACAGGUCUGAUCCAUCGGGUAUCACCAUCAAGAGGUGAACACUUCUCAGCUAGAAGACAUUUUUGAAGAAGAGCUGAAAAUCUAUUUGUUAUUUCACAUUAUGUUACUUCCAAAGAGGAUGCAUGAAGAUUGAUCAGGAUUAUCUGGAUCACGUAUAUAUAUAUAUGAGAUCCUGCAGAUACUGAAUUAUUGCACUUAAUAUGUUAUUUAUUGAUGAUUCCAGCCUCUUCACCACCCUUCAUAUUUUUAAAACCAGACUGGAAAUGCCUUAAUGUCAAAAACACUGACAUUACACUCAAUUGAAAGGCAAUAAUAUAUUAAGUUGGCAAUUUUAAGUGUACAUUGUAGCUAUUGGCAGUAUUGGACAUUUACUGGACUGACAUGAGAGUCAGUUCUGCUAAUUUACCAAAUAACCACAUAACGUGUGUUGAGACCAGA